GAGCUCAGGAGCAGCCAGUUAAUGCCUCUGUAUACAUGUGCAUGCUUUGGCUUAUACUGUCCUCCAUUCAAGCACAGCAGGCUAGAUAGGAAGACAAAAUUUCGACAAUCUGAAACUUUGAAGAUACUUAUCCUACAGAGACUGAGUAAUCCCCCAGCAUGUUCUCACAAUAUAAAAUCUUCUCAUUGAUAACCUGCCUGUUUCUCCUGACAAUGCUGUUUCCAGCGGCCCAGCCGCGUCGGGGCGGGGCCUUUGGUCGUGGCGGGGGCAACAGAGGUGGAGGAUGGGGUGGCUCCAGUAAUGGAGGCUGGGGCGGAGGGGGAGGCCAGUCUUAUCGUGCUCCACCCGUCCAUACGGGAGGUUCCUCUGGAUCUAGUGCUGGGAGGGUAGCUGGGGCCGCUGCAGCUGGAGCUCUGGGAGGCAUGCUGAUCGGCCAAGGCUUGAGCUCUAUGGCCCGACCUGGAUACGGGUAUGGAGGAUACGAAGGAUAUGGUCAUGGGUAUGGGCAAGGCUACCCCAGGUAUGGAGCAGGACACGUUGGUGGGUAUUCAGGAAAUGCAGGGGAGUUCCGGAAUGAGACCAAUAUGGAUUACUACACGGGAGCAGCCAGUGCAGGACACAUUUACAGCUGUGUAACAGUCUUGGGACCUGUGAUGUCAUUCUUAUUUGGGAAAUAUCUGUCAUAGGGGCACUUUGGCACUUGGCACAGGGCUUUGAACCUGUGAUGUUGCUUUUACCUGGGCACUUUUGAUAAUCUCUGUCUUCUGUAAAUAGAAAAUGGACCUGAAUAAAUAUGUCUGACUGAUGCAGUAUUGAAUUACGAGCUAAAUGUAAUAAAACUUUCUGUUCAAUUGACAGUACAAAACCAGGGUUACAUUUACAUUUGUUUGAUUGGCAUUCUGGCAUUUUGAACAACUGGACGGAGCCUAUUUACUCUUUAGCAAGAAUUAAGAUGAGCAAUUGUCACAUUUAGAAGCAUGUAUCUUUUUUAACAUUCUACUGAUUUUUUUUAUUUUUAUUGAAGAAUUUGAUAUAAGGAAAUGUUGUAUAAUUUAAAAUAUUUGAUCCAUAGGUAUGGUCUCAUAAAAUAUAUGAGUUGAUAGUUACAUAUCUAAAGUUGGAAUUUUCAUUCCAUGUAUUUUUGCUUCAAUGGUUUUCUUUCCUUUAGGCUGUCUCCACCUAAUGUUUUAAUCUUGUCUUUUUGUGCCUGCCAUCUACGUAAGAGAACUUUCGAAAUAAAACAAGGCUUAUGGUAAAAUCACAUUAAACUAUAAUAAGCUUGACAAAGUGCGUUGAGUUGAGGACAAAUCUUGUUAGAGCUCAGAUGCUCUCAACCUCACCUUACCCGAGCACUUUAACAAACACCUGAUUCUCUUAAACCAAUAAGAUCUCACUGCUUCUACAACCUCUAGUGUUUAUCAGAAUGUAUUUUUAUUUUUGUACUACCAAAAUAAUUAAAUGCUUCCUAAAUUACUUAACUUCGUAAUUUUCCAUUCAACGUCCUUCAUACUCUGUAUUGUCUGUGUACGCAACAGCAGUUUAUAAGGCAGACAGUGUCUAACUGGCAGUAAAUUCUCAAAUAUUAAUAAAAGAGAGAAAAAAUAAACUUGAUUAGUUUUAAUUAAAGUGAAAUUAAAGUCCAAAUAUAAAGUUUAAAUAUACAGUAUGUAUAGAUAUGUUAACAUAUGUAGGAUAUCUUUGGCCUAAUCAGACUAAUAAGUCACAGGGUGAUGUAUAGAGGUGUGAUUACACCACUUCACAGAUGACAAACAUGUACAAAUGGAUUGCUGAAUCACGGAAGGAGAAGUAUUGAUCACUCUUACUAAGCUCCAUUGUCUGUAAACUAAAGGAAAGUGGAAUGGGGAAAGUGAAACAGAUCUAGCUUUUGCAAUCUAGUCAUCGUAAGGCAAACAACACAUGACAAAGCUGUCUUGAUGCACAUGUUGAGUCGAAUAGUUGAGAGACAUAUUAGAAUCUGAAGCACAU